GACGUUCCAGUGCAGUACCGAGGGAGUGAUGCACUGUUGGAGGUAUUGGCUCUCAGAUGCGAUAUUAAGCUGUUUGCGCUCUCAAGUGGAUGUCAAAGAUCCCACGAGCAUUCUGUGACAUUCACCCAGACGUUUUUGGCUGACAAAUGAGUGUUGUAUUCUAUGGGAAAGCAGCAUGGUGGCUGUUCAGCUGCCAUUUAUUUGGGAAAUAAUCCGGUUGUGACAGGAACGUUAUGCAAAAAGGAAUUGGCCAACCUGUAUGGAGGCAGCUCUCCCAGUCCAAAGCAGCACCGGUGGAACGAUAUAAACAUGGCUGCUGCACCUAUGAGGGAUACGUCUAUCUUUAUGGUGGUCGGAGGCAAAAUGGGCUGAAGGAUUUUUGGAGGUACAAUAUUGCUAAGAAUGAUUGGGAGGAGUUGGACAAUGCAGACGGUACCGCACCUGAGGAAUUGGAGGAGCCCUCGUUAGUAGCCCAUGAAGGGAUGAUCUAUGUGUUUGGUGGAAUGAUGGACUCUGCUUAUACCCAGGGGAAAACACCUCUCUGGAUCUAUGACAUUGGCGGUGUGAGAUGGACUUGGUGGCACAAGACAUUUUCAAGUGAGAUCACGAAACAGAUACCCAGGAACAGGAAGGGGCACACGGCUGUGGUGUUUGAGUCACAAAUGUAUGUAUAUGGUGGUUAUGUCGAUAUAAAGGGACCCUCACAGGAAUUCUGGAGCUUUAGUUUUGAUGCCAAGGAUUGGUGCCCAGUAUUUAUGCCCUGUGGUGAUGUGGGUCCCGGACCUCGGUACAGUCACUCUGCAGCUGUCCAUAGGAGAGGAAUGUACUUGUUUGGGGGACUGGUUGGACUUGUGGAACAGAAUGACUUUUGGAAGUGGGAUUUCAACAAUGGCAUAUGGUCCAGGAUCAGAGCACGCUCUGGGCCUCACCAGUUAGUGGGUCACUCUGCUGUUGUAUACCAGGACAGCAUGUUAAUCUUUGGGGGAGGAAGGGACCAUAACAACUCUGACAACAGCCUAUGGAAAUUUCACCUGAAAGCACAGACCUGGGAGAGAUUAAACCCAGCAACAGACACAAGCCCACCACCCAAAAUCUAUCACUGCACAAUAGGAGUUGGUCCCAGCUUCCAGGAGAAACACGUUGACGAAUUUUCUCUCACAACAUCAGCUCCAAGCUUCAUCUGUCAUGACAACAGCAUCGGCCUUCAAGACACACGCAAUGAAAAGCCCCUGGCUGCCCUGAAGGGGGCCUGCUGCUUGAAUUUUUCCACACAGGCGCCAGGAUACUGUAGCCCAUCGGCAGUAAAGCUCAGAGCCAAAAACACAUAUUCAAACAUUGAGAUGAAAACAUUUAGCGUGCAGAGUACUGAAAGCAGGGAAAACCUUCUAAGCUUGACUGCACCUGAUCCCUUUGCUCCUGAGUGGGAUUGGCCAUGCGAGAACAGCCACCAGGUUUCAAUCCAGCCAGAGGAGCUGCCUCCUGCAGAUGACAGUACCGAGGAGUACAGUGACAAUGGUGUUUUGGGAGAAGCCAGUACACUCUGCCUUGAGCAAGGUGAUGCGGCACUCCACUCAAGGGAUAGUCUCCCAGAGGUUCUGCUGAUUGUAGGUGGUAAACCGUUAUCUGAAAGUGGCUGCAUUUCACUGUGGCAGAUGAAGCUAUGUGAAACAUUUUUAAAGUGCUAAUUUAACAGGGAAGAAGGCCUGAAAAAACCUUACAAACUUCACACACGGUGUGAUAACAAAAUAAUUCACAUCAAAGGGUAAUUCGUAUUUUUGUGGCAUGCAUGGUCAUAGAGAGGUCUAACAUUACUGAGAGUUUUAUUUAUACUUUUUGCUAUUGUGCUAAUGAGCUAAUUCAGAACAAACAUUUUCUAACGAGCUUUUAUAUUUUUAUAGACUUUUACAUAGCGUGUGACUCUUGUAAGCUAAAGUGUGCAGACAGACAAAUUGUACAUAUUUUUAUCGAAUUUUGUAUUUGUCAGGACAUUGCCUAAUGUGAAUCUGACAGAAAUGCAGGACGUAUUAGGAUAAAAACGGGUUUUGUCAUGCAGCUGGAGUAGCAGAUGCACCUAUUAGGCUUUCAUACUCACAAAUCUCUCCCAUUUAUAAUGAUCGCUGGUGGUAGGAAUUGAACCAAGAUUCCUGUGGAUUACAUAAAGGAAGCCUAAUUCAUGUUGAUUCUGUGAUCAAGCUUUGCUGCGGAAUUACGUUAGCUGUGACUAAUUUAAAAAUGCCUGGCAAUAGUACUGCCAAAAGCCUUGUGGGCAAAAUAUGGAGCGUUCCCUUAGCAUUCUAGAUAGCAUUGGGCAGAGUUGAGUUGGGGGUUGGUGGGGUGGGGGGGUGUAACAGGAGACAGGCUUCAUUCUUUUGUCUUGGCAAUUUUUACUGAUGCUGUUCUUAAUUAUAGGUUUUGGCAGGGCUGGUAAGCAAUGGAUCUCAUUUUCUCUCCCUUCCCUCCUCAUUUUCUGACAUUGCUACUUCCAGUUACAAAUGUCAACUACUAAACUAAUGUUCUCCUUCAGCCCAGCACCCUUAAAGAGCAAUAUCUUGCAUUAACAUUCACCUUGCCUAUCAACACAAAGAUCCACACACCGUGCAGUUGUGCAAUUUGGGGUCACUUGCUCCUUGGUGUAGUGUGAAGCAAUCAAGUUUGAUUCCCAGUCUGUGUUGUGUAAGAUUGUCUCAGGCAGGUAGAGGUACUACAACUGGCCUGACGC